AUGUCGACCACCACUUUCGUCUCCGCCGAGUCCAAGAAAAAGGGCCUGCUGCAAGGCCUUCCCCCGGACCAAGCACACAUGGCCGGGACCGAGCUGUACAAGCCCGAGCUCACGCUCGAGGACUUGUUCGGCGAAGACGUCCCGUCAGGAUCCGCCCUGCUGGAUCAAGUGCUUGCGGUGUACGGCGAUGGUCACAUCGACGUGCCGUGGUUCGCGCCGGGCGAGAACGGCAAGCAGAUGAUACGCACAAUCGUGCGGAGCCCGCUGAGCCGGGAACUGCAGCUAUCCACGGUGGAAGCAUACAAGAACCGGAUCCUGGCUGAGAGCAUCAGUCAGGUCGCCGCAGGCGAACCCGUCUUCAAGUUUCGAUCGUCGGCCCGGCAGUGGCCGAUAGAGGCCGGAACCUGGAACCACAGGGUGGCGGCGGUCUAUGCCGCAGCGGAAGAGGACACGGAGAAAGCCAACCACAACAUACAGACGGUGCUCAAGCGAGGGCUCGUGAGUGUGAAAGUGGUACAUCCGAUGAUUCCGCCAGCCAUAUGGCGGCGAUUUAUCAUCACUCACAACUUAUUCCACUCAGGUAGUGGGUCGAACUUUCUUGAUUAUCUUGAGGAUUCGCUGCGCCUUGAGUCGGAGUGGGAACUCACCUGCAGCCAAACCGGCCUACAUUCCCAAAGCGCUGCUUACAGAAACGCCUACCGCAACUUUGUCCUGGCCAAGAGUUGCUUGGUUGGCAGAGUUGGCACAUAUGGUCACAGACCGUCAGAGACACAGACACAUUACUACACUGGCCCACUGCUCAUGUAUGAUGUAUGA